GCUAAGUGAUUGAAUCAAGAUUUUAAAACUUCAGGUUACAAAGUCACAAAGACUCUGAAGAAUUCAGGACAAAGACUGAUGAUUUAAGGCCACAUGGGUGUGCUUGUCGAAGACUCUCAAACAGUCUUGCUCCUCAGGCUCUUUGUACUUGCUGUUCUGCCAGACGUAUCGAGACACAAAAAGAGAGGCGACCCCUGGACCAGCGCGAGGGACCCACCCGCACCAUGACCGAGACCACCAAGACCCACGUUAUCUUGCUCGCCUGCGGCAGCUUCAAUCCCAUCACCAAAGGGCACAUUCAGAUGUUCGAAAGAGCCAGAGAUUAUCUACACAAAACUGGAAGGUUUAUUGUCAUUGGUGGGAUUGUGUCUCCUGUCCACGACUCCUAUGGAAAACAGGGCCUUGUGUCGAGCCGGCACCGUCUCAUCAUGUGUCAGCUGGCCGUCCAGAAUUCCGACUGGAUCAGGGUGGACCCGUGGGAGUGCUAUCAGGACACCUGGCAGACAACCUGCAGCGUCCUCGAACACCAUCGGGACCUCAUGAAGCGGGUGACUGGCUGCAUCCUCUCCAAUGUCAACACACCCUCCAUGACGCCUGUGAUUGGACAGCCCCAGAAUGAGACCUCCCAGCCCAUUUACCAGAACAGCAAUGUGCCCACCAAGCCCACUGCAGCCAAGAUCCUGGGAAAGGUGGGAGAAAGCCUAAGCCGGAUCUGCUGUGUCCGCCCACCGGUGGAGCGCUUUACCUUUGUGGAUGAGAAUGCCAAUCUGGGCACAGUGAUGCGGUACGAGGAGAUUGAGCUGCGGAUCUUGCUGCUGUGUGGCAGUGACCUUCUGGAGUCCUUCUGCAUCCCAGGGCUCUGGAAUGAGGCAGAUAUGGAGGUGAUUGUUGGGGACUUUGGGAUCGUGGUGGUCCCCCGGGACGCAGCCGACACAGACCGAAUCAUGAAUCACUCCUCAAUACUCCGCAAAUACAAAAACAACAUCAUGGUGGUAAAGGAUGACAUCAACCAUCCCAUGUCUGUCGUCAGCUCAACCAAGAGCAGGUUGGCCCUGCAGCAUGGGGAUGGCCAUGUUGUGGAUUACCUGUCCCAGCCGGUCAUCGACUACAUUCUUAAGAGCCAGCUGUACAUCAACACCUCGGGCUAGCAGCCCCAGGGCCCUGUACUCCAAUCUCCCCUCAUCCUCCACCAACACACUGGCCCCUGCAGCCUCUGUCCAUCACAUUUCUCUCCUGCCUCUCUGUUCCUCCAUCUCAUCUUGACUGUUGUCCCCACUUGCUGACUCAACCCCCCACAGUGUGGAGGACCUGCAGAGAACCACGGCAUACCCCACUCCACAGUCAUCUUCGGACAAACUUUCCUCUAGUCUCUGGGUUGGGGGUGGGUGAAGGGGUAGGUGUGGGGGAAGUG